UCGUUUGGAACAUUUGGGCCGAGAGUCCAACAAUAGUUGGGCAUAUAUUUCGUUUGGGAAUCGGGCACGGAUGUUGCCGACGGAUUGUUCGUUUUUGAUCCAAUACACCGAAAUCGCGGGGGUCACACCGCAUCCAUCCCGAGUGGCACCCGAGCGUGGCGUGUGUGUCCACGAGCUUUCCAGCACCCAGCACAGACUGGAAAGGGUGCGCGAUGGAGCACGCGAGUGCGGCCAACGACAGCGGCAGCGACGACGAACGGCAUGCCCACCUUCUUGUUCUUCUUGCAGCAGCAAAACGGGGACGUCGCGAGUGGCAACGCGCUGUGCUUACCGUGGCGACCUGGCGAGUUGUCCUGCGGUCCUUCCCAGAUGGCGACGAGUUGGAGGACGAAGGCCUCGGUGGCCCCCCGGUGAAGCGUACCCGCCGAGUUCUUCCACGGCCAGACUACCGUGACUCGUUUUGGUGGCGCAUGCUGGGCGAGACGAGCCUCAAGGAACCAGCGUCAAGAUAG